GGGGGAGCGAGGGGUGGAGGAGAGAAGGGAAGGGAGCAGGCAGGGCAAUAAAUGGCAGUUUUGGAGCGCGCAGGCACCAUGGCGGCGUAGCAGGCCCUCUCUGUCGCCUCGCCGUCUUAACUCGCACGCGUCCCCCACCCCACUCGCUGCCACGCGGACUUUUACUCACCCUCCGGCUCCCUCUCGGUCCUCAUCUCCACCUCCUCCAUCUCCUCCUGAGAGAGACCCCUGCUCCCUUGUAAUCGACGAGGCCUGGCCAGCACAGCUGCCGGACACACCACCGUAGUCCGUAGGUAGGAAGAUAGAUUAGAGACUACUCCUACAACAAGCUAGCGCAUGGCGACUGUAGAGUGAAAUAGAGGGAGAUCGGCACGGCGGCCUAUGGAUUUGGGCGCAUGGCGGGGUUCCCUCUAGGCACCGGAGGAAGCGGCCGCGACAGCCCGGCGUCCCCGCCCGGCGUGCACCCGUCCGACGCAUCCACCUUCCUCUACGCCACGCGCGGGGGCGGCUUCCAGCUAUGGGGCCAGCCGCAGGACCAGCACCAGCACCAGCACCAACUCACGCACCCCUUCUACGCCUCCAACCUCAUCCGCUUCGCCACCGAUGACCUCCCCGCUGGCGCCGCGCAGUCGCUCGCGGGCGCCGCAUCCUCCUCCUCGUCCCGCGCCGCGCGGGCGGCCGCCCUGGCCGGCGGCAGCGCCGGCACCAGCUGCCAGGACUGCGGCAACCAGGCCAAGAAGGACUGCCAGCACCAGCGCUGCCGCACCUGCUGCAAAUCCCGGGGCUUCGCCUGCUCCACCCACGUCAAGUCCACCUGGGUUCCCGCCUCCAAGCGCCGCGAGCGCCAGCAGCAGCUCACCGCGCUCGCCGCCUCCGCCGCCGCCACCACAGCCGGGGCUGGCCCCUCACGCGACCCGACCAAGCGCCCCCGCGCUCGACUCGCCGUCACCACGCCGACCACCUCCUCGGGUACGUACUAUAUACCACGGGAUCAGCAGAUGGUGACGGUGGCGGAGAGGUUCCCGCGGGAGGUGAGCUCGGAGGCGGUGUUCCGAUGCGUGCGUCUCGGGCCGGUGGACCAGGCCGAGGCGGAGCUCGCGUACCAGACCACCGUCAGCAUCGGCGGCCACGUCUUCAAGGGAAUCCUCCACGACGUCGGCCCCAGCAGCAACGCCCACGCUCAGCUGCAAGCUGCGGCAGGAGGCAGCGGCAGCGACUACCAGUUCCGCCUGACCGGCGACGUGUCCCCGCCGAGCGCGGGCGCGGAAGCGGGCGACGCAGGCGGGGGCGGCGUCGGCGGCAACAACCACAACAUCGUCGUGUCAUCGGCUGUGGUGAUGGAUCCGUACCCGACGCCCGGGCUCUACGGCUCGUUCCCGGCCACCACGCCCUUCUUCCACGGCCACCCCUACCAGAGACAGUGACGGCGCACGCACGCCGACGGCGCCUCCCGCUGUAACACCGUGCCUCCACCCAACCCCUGGUUUCUUCGAUCUGUCAAUUGAUGCAUAAAUUGAUGCUCCUUCCUUCUCUAGAGCCUAGCUAUAGCUUAGCUUAAUGAGGCCCCGUAAUUUAGACCUUUCUACUAGCUCUUCUUGGGAGCAUCUGAGGCGAUCAGUCAGUGACAUACCCUGUCAGAGCAAAUGAUUAGAAAUCUGACAGUUAGGAUCUCGGGAAUUAAGCGUGAUUUCUUGCACUGCUCUAGCUUGUUUUUUUUUUCUCUUCCCGGAUCUUCAAUUGACAGUGUUCUUAACAAUCUUGGUUUUCCUGCUACUUCUUUCAUCAGAGCAAUAAUAUAUGAUGCUAAGGCUUCUUUAAA